AUGGCAAGGCUUCGACGCGAAACGACGAGUAAUGAAGGAAGCUAUCUUCCUCCAUCGCCAAAUACCCGGCCGUUGCGCGUAGUGGCUGCCGGAACACUGUUCCAAACCCAUACCCUUUCGAUACCCACGCAUCCCGAACCGAGUGGUGUCAUUCGUGCCCACUCAGUGGAGAAGACCAGGGGAGGAUCAGCUAAUCUCGUUUUGUCUCUACUGGCCCAGUUUGCCAAUGUCGAUGCGGCUUUGGUGGCCUCAUUGGGAGGUAACGAGGAGGGAAAAGCUGUUCUCAAGGAACUGGAAAGGGAAGGCGUGAACACACAGUAUUGCAAGAUUUGGAAGGACGCCGGCGUUCCGAGUGCUUGGGUGCUACAUUCCGUGAACAACGGAUCUCGUUCAGUAAUAAACCAUAAUCCAUUGCCGGAUAUCACCCACGAGGAUUUCAUUUCGCUCCUUGGUCCUCUGUUGGCCCCCGAGAACUACCCAAAUCUGUUCUCUCCAAGCAAUAGUCCUACCAUCCCAGCUUACGGAUCGACUUCCUCUCUGCAGGCCAACACACCCCGACCUUCCCAGACAGGUCCCCGACCAACACCGUUCCUUCACAAUCCCAAUAGCCCCGCCCCUUUCGAUUGGUUACAUUUCGAGGGUAGAUCGGUCAAGACCACCUUGAGUAACAUAACCGGACUGGAUGGCCUUGCACGCGAAAAGAAAUGGAGAAGCCACUGUGUCUUUAGUAUCGAUGUUGGCCGGAGGGGCAGGCAGGGUGUGGAGGCGUUGAUUCCUUACGCUGACGUGGUAUUCUUGAAUAAACAUUACGCGCAAGCCCAUUCGCCUCACUACGCGUCCACGCCCCGAACUUUCUUGCUCUCCCUCACAUCCAUCGCACCACCUCACUGCUUGCUGGUGGCGCAUUGGGGAACGGAAGGCUCAGCCGUGCUCUCCCUCCCGACGAAGGAAUACUUCCAGAGCUCAGGGUGGGUAGAAGAAAAGCCCCCUUCCGAUGCCUACGACACCAAUGGAGACCAUGGGGGAAGAAACGAUCCGUCACUUCGAUCCGUCAGGAGCGGAAGUGAUUUCUGGGCUGGAGAUAGGAGCAGGACACCGUCCACCACCGCAUUCACCGCUGGGGACUUCCUUUCGGACAGCGGACACGGCCAUUCGACUAUGAACUCGUAUUCUCAUCGGCAUAUGGGACACAAUCCAAACUCGAGCGGUCAAUACACAACCACGGAUUAUUCGCGUGACCUCUACCGCGAUGACAUUUCACAGAGAACGGAGACAGAUGAUCGAGGGAAUGACGGAGUGGUCGACGAGGUUGGUGCGCACGAUGCGUUUAUUGCGGGGAUGAUCUUUGCCUUGAGUCGAAAGCUGUGUCCUGGGCUACCGUACACGCCUGCAUGGUCUGGAGAGGAUCCCAGUUCGUUGUCCAGUGACAAUGAACGCACUAGAUGGAAGUUGGAUGAAUGCCUCAGGUUUGCAACCGAGCUUUCUGGCAGAAAGGCACGUCGGAAAGACUGGGCCGGGUUGGCGGAGGAGAUGGUACAAGCUGGUUGGUUCGAUUCGCCCUGA